UGCGUUUAGAACUGAACUAGGAGUUUACUUACAACAACUCCAAAGUCACUCUGGGGGGUGCAACCAGGGGGGCAAAGACCAUAAAGAUUCCGCCCCUCUUAGGAUUUUAGUAUUAAAACACCCCUGAAGUGCUCCCGCGGUAUAGUUAUUAGUAAAGUAACCUUUUGUGAAAAAAGUUAAAUUUAAUCUCUUGUGGAAUGUAAGUGAGUUGAAGGAAUCUACCGUGAUAUCAACACUGGGUUUUCUGGAAAGCGUGUUCUAUAUCUGGCAAAAAAAUUGGCACAAAUCCAAGAUUACUCCGGUUAACACGUGUAUGGCAGAUAUGUUUCAAAUACAGCCAGUGAAUAGAUAAUUCCACGGUAUUAGGAAAUGUUUUAACUUUUUGGCUCUGUCACAAUAUACUAGAAAGUUAUAUAAAGGUUUCUCUAUUCAACCGCUCGGGUUAAUCCAAGUGGAAUGGAGUUAAAAGUUGGGGUAAAGAUCUGGAUUUGGCUGGCGGACCAAUCUAAGCUACAAUUUGCCCGUUAAUGAAAUAAAACCAAGAUGCCUUUUGGGUUUAAUUUUAGUGCAGCAAAAAACCUUGUAAGUGGAGCUGUCAAUGUUGCAGCAAAGGCAGCAGAACAAGCUGCUGCUGUUGCUGAAACAGCUGCCUCCGCAGCAGUUGAAACAGCCUCUGCAGCAGCAAGUGCAGUGGUCGAUGUUGCCCCUGCUCCUGAAGCUGCUCCUGCUCCUGUCCAGCAGCCUGCAGCACCAAAACAAGUUCCUCAGCAGGCUGCUGGCCCAAGACCAUCAGCUGCCCGUCCGGUCGCUCCUCGCCAGGGAGCUCCAACCCAGGUACGCCCAGCAGCUCCUGUUCAAAGAACCCCUCAACAACCUGCUCCACUACAACCCCCAACCCCUCAACAGUUUCCUCCAGUACGCAGUGGACCCCCUACACCUCUUCCAGGGAGUCCUGGGGGACUUCGAAGUCCUAGACCUGGAGGCCCUAAUGGUGCUCGUCCUCGGGGCCCACCAUUUGGUCCAGGUAGCCCUCGUGGUCUACCGGGGGGUCCCAGAAUGAUGCGUGGACCCAGACCUCCAGGACAGUUAGGGUCUCCUAGGACUCCAGGGGGGACCCCAAUUAGAGCUGUUCGACCAGGUGGUCCUUCAGGGCCUCCACAAAUCCCUGGAAUGCAGAGGCCAAGGGCUCCAUUUAAUCCAG